CAUCGCCAGCUGCCACCGAGAGUACCCGAGGGUGUCCGCGCCCACUAUGAGGCCUCAGCUCUGGCUGCUGCAGUUGCUGCUACUCCGCGGGGUCGCGCGCGGGCUCAGUCCCGCAACGCCGGCAGGUCAUGAUGAAAGCCAAGGCUCUGGCUGGACGGCCAAGAGGACCAGGCAAGGCUGGAGUCGGAGAACCCGAGAGAGUCCCGGGCAGGUGUUGAAGCCAGGCAAGACCCAGUUAAGCCAGGACCUGGGUGGGGACGCCCUGGCCAUUGACACACUACCGGACAACAGGACCAGAGUGGUGGAGGACAACCACAACUACUACGUGUCCCGCAUCUACGGCCCAAGCGAGCCCCGCAGCCGGGAUCUAUGGGUGGACAUGGCUGUGGCCAACUGGAACUAUGUGAAAGUCCACAGGAUCCUCUCAAGUUCUCAUCGGCAGGCUUCGAGAGUGGUCUUGUCCUUUGAUUUCCCUUUCUACGGGCAUCCUCUGCGCCAGAUCACCAUAGCAACCGGAGGCUUCCUCUUCAUGGGUGACGUGCUCCACCGGAUGCUCACAGCUACUCAGUAUGUGGCACCCCUCAUGGCCAACUUCAACCCUGGCUACUCUGACAACUCCACAGUUGCUUACUUUGACAAUGGGACAGUGUUUGUGGUUCAGUGGGACCAUGUUUACCUCCAGGGUCGGGAAGACAGGGGCAGCUUCACAUUCCAGGCAGCCCUUCACCGAGACGGCCGCAUUGUCUUUGGCUACAAAGAGAUCCCCAUGGCUGUUCUGGACAUCAGUUCUGCCCAGCACCCCGUCAAGGCAGGCCUGUCCGAUGCUUUCAUGGUCCUCAAUUCAUCCCCAGAGGUGCCAGAGUCUCGGAGACGGACCAUUUUCGAAUACCACCGCGUGGAACUGGACCCCAGCAGGAUCACCAGCACAUCAGCUGUGGAGUUCACCCCGUUGCCAACCUGCCUCCAGCAUCAGAGCUGUGACACCUGCAUGUCAUCGAACCUGACCUUCAACUGCAGCUGGUGCCAUGUCCUGCAGAGAUGCUCCAGUGGCUUUGACCGCUACCGCGAGGAGUGGUUGGCUUACGGCUGUGCCCAGGAGGCAGAAGGCAGGACGUGCGAGGACUUCCGAGAUGAGGGCCACUAUUCGUCUUCUGCUGGCAGCUCCUUCAGCCCUUUUCGUGAUGACCACACCUCCUCUUCCCCCCUCUUCAUCGACAGUCUCACCACAGAAGAUGACACCAAGUUGAAUCCCCACGCAGGAGGAGAUGCCACUACAAGGAUGGACGUGGGAAUGCCUUUCCAGACUGAGGCUGGAGGCCUUCAAGACAACUUGUCCCCGAAGACCAAGGGUCCUCCCAUGCACCUGGGCACCAUUGUGGGCAUCGUCCUGGCUGUGCUUCUGGUAGCGGCCAUCGUUCUCGCUGGGGUUUACAUCAGCGGCCACCCUAACUCCAGUGCUGCCCUCUUUUUCAUUACGCGGAGACCUCACCACUGGCCAGCCAUGAAAUUCCGCAACCACCCCAACCAAUCUGCCUACACAGAGGUCGAACCCUGCAGCCAGGAGAAAGAAGGCUUCGUGGAGGCUGAGCAAUGCUGAGAGCACCAUGU